AUGACAGUAUUCACGUGCCUCGCGCAACGCGCGGGAGGCUUGAGUAUAAUUGCACUCAGUGCUCUCUGCUACUGGGUUGUCUCCCGCGACUCGUACCUUGAACAGCAGCAACACAGUCAUGAGCAGCUCAGUGGUCAAGUGGCAUAUCAAUCUUCAACGUCGACAAUAGGUGCAGGAUCCUGGAGUUAUGUCUUUGCAUAUUACUGUCUCCUCGUUCACAUCCUCGUUUGCCUAUUCCCUCUCCGCGCGUGCUGGACGAUAUGGAAACUCACGCAGUCCAUGAAACGAGCGGCGCGUAGUGAUUCGUUACUCGAUCUGAAGAAGCUUGCUUCACGUCGUGACUCGUACGCUUCGGCAUCAAGUUCCGAAACUUUUGUUUCCAGUCGCAUCAGCACUAGUUCCUCUACUGCCAGUGAAGCAGGCGAUUGCGAUCCCGAAUUCUACACGGAUGGUGUCCCGGGGGCCAACGACAACGUGAUCCAUGUCAUUAUCAUUCCAAACUACAAGGAAGAGAUUGAAACGCUCAGGGAAACACUAGAUGUCUUGGCAUCUCAUCCACAAGCUCACUACUCCUACGACGUAUAUCUUGGGAUGGAACAACGAGAGAACACCGCCGAGACAAAAGCUCUCGGCCUGAUACAGGAAUUUGUAAAAAAGUUCCGAUCUAUCGAUUUUACUCUUCAUCCUUCAGACAUCCCCGGAGAAGCUGCUGGAAAGGGAAGCAACAUUGGAUGGGCUGCCCGUAAACUAAGCGAGAAGUACUCAUCAAGCAUAAGGGGCAAUGUCAUAGUUACCGGUAUUGAUGCCGACAGUCAUCUUUCGUCAAAUUACUUUACAAUUCUGACAAAUAUGCACUUGUCGUACUCCGCAACAGCACUGGCAACUGUUUACUCAGCCCCUAUGAUUUUCGAUCGAAACGCGCAUUCUGUCCCAGCCCUCGUUCGUGUUGCCGACAUUCUAUGGGGCGCUGCUGGAAUGUCUGGUUUAUAUCCCGGCUCGUCUAUCGCACCACCUACCUCAGUUUAUUCCCUUCCACUUGAUCUGAUUGAUCGAGUUGGUGGGUGGGAUUGCGGCAGCGAGGCUAUCGGUGAAGACCUACACAUGUAUAUCAAGUGCUUCUUCGCUCUUAACGGUAACUUGACGAGCCGGGUCAUCUACAGUCCUGUUAGCCAGAGCAACGUGACUGGUGGUGGUGGCCUUUUGAAAGAUGCCCGAGCCCGCUACAAGCAGGCUCUCCGUCACAUGUGGGGUGCUCUCGACACAGGUUUCGCUCUUUCUAAGCUUGUUCAGCUAUGGAAAGAUCGGAAGCAAACCUGUCGAGCCUACCAACCCCUUCAUUACACACUUUCAGAUACCAACGAUGUCGCCAUUCCCGAGACUUAUAUGAAUGAUGAGCAAAGUGGACAUCCUUGUGUCGACAAUGGUAUAUUUUCUAACAUCCAAAAGGAUAACGUCGAGCAACCUCACUGGGAGCGCAUCUUCUACAUGAUGCAUCGUCUUUUCGAAGCCCAUUUUCUCCCAGUCCACAUGGCCAUUCUUGUUGUUGCAUCCGCACUGUACGUCAAACUCACAGAAAACAACGACGACCCAUGGAACCUGGCUUGGAUUUUUAGCUGGUGCAACCUUAUUCGCAUCUACGGUUUCUUUCAGAUUGCAGUAUACGUGUCUCUAUACGAAAGCUACCACCAGGCAGGGGUGUCGGGUCGCGAGAGGGAAAUGAUCAAAGCAGGUCUGGCUGAUGGGAUGGACUUUUCCAGGCGAUCUCUCAAGAAGAACUGGCAUGACUACCUUGCCAUUCCUAUCGUCGCUCCGUUGUAUGGUACCAUCCCUAGUGCCCAGGCUCUAAUCUGCCAGCUCUGGGGUCAGGACUUGGUUUAUACUGUGAGCAAGAAGGCUACUAGACGACAGAUACCUAUCGUGAAAGUGGACGAUAUGGCGUAA